AUGGCAGCGGCGGCGGCGGCGGCGGCAGCGGCGGCUGGGGGCUCGGGGCCGGCGGGCGGCGUGGCGGCCGCGGGGCCCGGCGUGGCCGUGUCCGUGUUCCCCGGCGCUCGGCUCCUCACCAUCGGGGACGCGAACGGCGAGAUCCAGAGACACGCGGAGCAGCAGGCGCUGCGCCUCGAGGUCCGCACCGGGCAGGACGCCGCCUGCAUCGCCCUCUACAGCCAUGAAGAUGUGUGUGUGUUUAAGUGUUCCGUGUCCAGAGAAACAGAGUGCAGCCGAGUGGGGAAGCAGUCCUUCAUCAUCACCCUGGGGUGCAACAGCGUCCUCAUACAGUUUGCAACACCCAACGAUUUCUGUUCAUUCUAUAAUAUUCUGAAAACCUGUCGAGGUCACAACUUAGAGCGCUCCGUCUUCAGUGAGCGGACAGAAGAAUCCUCUGCUGUGCAGUAUUUCCAGUUCUAUGGCUACCUGUCACAGCAGCAGAACAUGAUGCAGGAUUAUGUACGGACAGGCACGUAUCAGAGGGCCAUCCUGCAGAACCACAGUGACUUCAAAGACAAGAUUGUCCUAGAUGUGGGCUGUGGCUCGGGGAUCCUGUCUUUUUUUGCUGCUCAGGCAGGCGCAAGGAAAGUCUAUGCAGUGGAAGCAAGCACCAUGGCUCAGCAUGCUGAGGUUUUAGUAAAGAGUAACAACCUCACAGACCGAAUUGUGGUCAUUCCUGGAAAGGUGGAAGAAAUCUCACUUCCUGAGCAGGUGGACAUAAUUAUUUCAGAGCCAAUGGGCUACAUGCUUUUCAAUGAACGUAUGUUGGAGAGCUACCUCCAUGCCAAGAAGUACUUAAAGCCUAGUGGAAAUAUGUUUCCAACCAUUGGGGAUGUUCAUCUCGCCCCAUUCACAGAUGAGCAGCUCUACAUGGAACAGUUUACCAAGGCCAAUUUCUGGUAUCAGCCGUCUUUUCAUGGAGUUGACUUGUCGGCACUUAGAGGAGCGGCAGUAGAUGAGUAUUUCAGACAGCCGGUUGUGGACACAUUUGAUAUCAGAAUUUUAAUGGCUAAGUCUGUAAAGUAUACAGUGAAUUUCUUAGAAGCCAAAGAAGGCGAUUUGCACAGGAUAGAAAUCCCAUUCAAGUUCCACAUGCUGCACUCAGGGCUUGUCCAUGGCUUGGCUUUCUGGUUUGAUGUAGCCUUCAUUGGUUCAAUAAUGACAGUGUGGCUGUCCACAGCACCCACGGAGCCUCUGACUCACUGGUACCAAGUUCGGUGUUUGUUUCAGUCGCCGCUCUUUGCAAAGGCCGGGGACACGCUCUCAGGGACAUGUCUGCUCAUCGCAAACAAGAGACAGAGCUACGACAUCAGUAUUGUGGCCCAGGUGGAUCAGACGGGUUCCAAAUCCAGUAACCUCCUGGACCUGAAAAACCCUUUCUUUAGAUAUACAGGUACGACGCCGUCUCCUCCACCUGGCUCUCACUACACAUCUCCGUCUGAGAACAUGUGGAACACAGGUGGCGCCUACAAUCUGAGCAGCGGGAUGGCCGUGGCUGGGAUGCCAACGGCCUACGACCUGAGCAGUGUUAUCACUGGUGGAGCCAGUGUCAGCCACAACAACCUUAUCCCUUUAGCCAACACUGGGAUUGUCAAUCACACCCACUCCCGGAUGGGCUCCAUUAUGAGCACAGGGAUUGUCCAAGGCUCCUCCAGUGGCCAGAGUGGAGGUGGCUCCAGCACUCACUACCCAGUCAACAGCCAGUUCACCAUGGGGGGCCCUGCCAUCUCCAUGGCCUCCCCUAUGUCCAUCACCACCAACACAAUGCAUUAUGGGAGCUAAAAGUCCACCUCUGAUCUGAACUGACCACACCAGGAAACCAAAUGAAGAUUUCCCCUUCCUCCCACUUUGGUGGACUGUGCCCUCUCCCUAACCCCUGCCCUAAUAGGGCAGUUUUUACCCUUGUACCAUAGAAACAAACACCCAGUCAGCUCCUUCUUUGACAUGGGGACUUGUACACUUUUUUUAUGAAAUAUUGACACCUCUGCGUCUUGGCCCUGGCUGAGGCCCUGAGUGAGCAGGCGAGCGAGCGUCGCUGUAUUUUACAAAUUUUACAAGAGAUCAUGUAGUCGGAGCCAUUGCUCCUUCCUACCCCAUCUACCCUUGGUUUGGCAUCUUCCAUAACAGCUGUGUGUGGGGAGCCAGACUUUGGGGCACAGACCAGUGGCCUGUGGGGGGCUGUGCUGAGUGUUGAGGGUUGGGGGGAGGCAUAGCCCCAGAAGUCUCAUCACCUUUGCCUUUUUCCCUUUAGUCAGAGAUCAACCAUGUGACCAGCUGCAGGGACUAGUAAAACUGCCCCUCUAGCCUUACAGUGUCUCCCCAGGCAGCUCCCCCCCUUUGGAUGAGGGGGAGGGCAAAGGUGGGGCUGUAGGGGGGUAGCAGGUGGGGUUCCUCCUGCAUCUCUGGGUCCUUGGACAGGAUCAGCGUGUGACAUGCUGCUUUUUUUAAUUUUAUUUUUUUACAAAAAUAACCAGUGUCAAUCCACAGACUCCAGAGGCCAGGCUGGCCUGGCCCAAGCAUGAGCCAGCUGCCCCUGCUGAUGGACUCCGAAGAUCAUGGGGAAAGGGGUGGGGGAUAAGGGCCAGGGGUAGCAAGAAAGCCCCUGCUUCUGGCAUGGCUGGCUAGCAAUGUGCCCAGUCCGACAAAGGCCUCUGCACUCGAUUGGGCAAGCUGUGGCCCCAGGCCCAGAUAGCCUUGCUUCUCUGGGGAAGUCUGUGACCCCAGCACCAAAGGGUUCACCUCACACUUGAAUGUACACACCAGCCCGUGGCUGUCAGAAGCAGCCUUUUCCUUCUCCCCUCCCAGCUCUGAGUGAACCAUCACAUCUUGCUGCUCUCCUGUCACCUGUGACCCCAGAAGACCUUAGACAAUUGUUCUUCCCUCCCUCUCUAUCCCUCCCUCCCUAAGAGAACAGGAGGGGACUGAGGCUUUGGCCAGUACUACCCAUUCUGGGUUAGGGGUGGGGGGGGUGGGGGUAUAUUAAGUCAGUACUGGCAGAAACAAUCUAGAUUUCUUAUGAAAGACCCUGUUUUUCUUUGUAGUUCUCAUUAGGCCUGUGUAUUCCCUGUAUCUUAGCAUAGCCUCCAAUCCUAAAAGUGUGUCAUUUUUGUCCCUCCCAUGGGUGCCUGGGAAGGGACCUUGCAGGGAUUCCUUCUUGGGAAAUAAAAACAGAAACAAGUGUUGUAUCACAGGCAGUUUUCUUCAACUCUAGCCUGCCCAGGUGCUUAGCCCCCACUAAUAGGACAGAAUGGAGCCCCCUGAAGCAGGAGGGCCUGCAAACUCACUGACUGCUCCCUCCCUUCUGCCCCAUUUCAGUAUGUAAGAGAAUAAAUCAAUUUUACCCUAG